AGAUUUGACUUUUGCAGAUGAAGAAGAGUUCCAAACCUACGAAAUUAAAUAACCAAAAGGGGAAAAUAAAUAAAUAAAAAAGAGUGUGUGUGGACAAUGCAACAUCUACAACUACACCCUCUUUUUCUAUCCUCCUCUUGUAACUUUUUCUGCCAUUUUCUCAUCAACCAAACACCCUCUCUCUCUCUCUAAAGAAAGUACAAGCCUUUCUUGAAUCUUCUCUUGUUUUUUGUUUCUCCCUGAAAGUUCCAGGAAAUUAACAAAAAAGGAAAGGAGCCAUGCACUUGGAUCUAAACCUCGACAUAUUCACCAGCGCCGGCGAAUCUCCGGCCGGCGAGCUUCAUAAAGGCGACGGAAUCGAAGCGGAGAAUCCUCUCGAAGAUUCGAGAAUAGGGUCGGAGGAAGAUUCCGGGACAUCAAGCUCCUCGGCGAUCACGUCCUCCUCCUCCACCACCGGAUCAGGCUUCAUAAGCUUCGGCAUAUUGAGAAAAGACGAAAUUACCCCUCGGCCGGAAUUCUCAGAGUUUCCGGCGAUAUCGACCGCCGGCGAAAAAGGGUUCGUGUUGGAUAUGUCGAAUGGGAGGAAGUGGCUGAACUUGUCGUCGUGGGUUUGCGACGGCGGAGAUAAGCCGGAAACAAAGAGGAAGAGCCGGCGAGGGCCUCGUUCCCGAAGCUCUCCUUAUAGAGGCGUGACCUUUUACCGGAGGACCGGUCGGUGGGAGUCGCACAUAUGGGAUUGCGGGAAGCAAGUCUAUUUGGGUGGCUUCGACACAGCCCACGCUGCAGCCAGAGCAUAUGAUCGUGCGGCUCUGAAGUUCCGGGGAAUGGACGCCGACAUAAACUUUGGAGCAAGUGAUUAUGCUGAAGAAAUGAAGCAGAUGAAGAACUUGACAAAGGAAGAGUUUGUUCAAGUGCUUCGAAGGCAAUGCAACGGAGGAGGAGGUAGAAACCUUUACAAAUAUAGCAAGCAAUGGGAGGCUAAGCCCAUCCAACCUCCAGUUGCUCGUGGCGAGCUUUUUGAAACACCCGAAAUCGGAUAUGCGAGUGGUUUCGGGACGAAUGUAUACGGAAUAAGGACAUCGUUUGGUUCGUCGAGCAGCCAAGGCGAUAUGGAGCAAAACCUCGAGCUCAGCCUCGGGCUUUUUCCUAGAGCAAGUAGAACCGCUAAAGCGGAACCCGGGGGCGGGAUAGAACUUAGCCGAAACUAUAUGGGAAUUAUGGAGGCUAGGUGUGACAAUCCUGCGCUUUUGGUUGGGAUCUACCCCGAUAUCCUCACGAACAAUCAGAGGGUGUUCGAGAAGAGAACUAAACGUGACGACGACAACAACAACAACAACAACAUGGGCGGUUGCAUCAGAGAGAUGGGUAAUGGAAUGAAUGCAGCAUCAUCACGAUUCUCUUCCUCAUCAGCAUCUUCUUCGACCGGCCCUUACCUCCCUUCAAGCACAAGAAAUGAUGCUUCAUUCACUACACAAGUCGAAGAUUUGAAACUCUAUACCCAAAAAGAUCACUAAUUCUAUAUCUAUAUCUAUAUAUAUAUGUAUGUGUAUGUAUGUACCCUGAGGUUUUGCAUUAAAAGGGUGAUUCAUACAAGAGUUCAAAUAGAGUGACAACAAGACAAGAUGAUGAGUGUCACGUGAGAAACAACAUGACGAGAGUGAAGCUAACGUAGAUAGAUCGUUUUCUCCUCCUUUUGGGUUGAAAUGUGUAUCAUCACAUAAUAAAGAGAGAGAGUCAAAACAAUGGCUUGGACCGAUUCUUAUUCCAUGAA